AUGGUUUUACCUAAAAGGCUAUGUCUCAUGCGAAUCGCUGAAAGCAAAUCUCUAUGUUUGGGAAGUGCAAUUGUCCACAAAUCACAUUAUUCGAAUCUGAUCUUCAAUGCACACAAGGUGUUCGACGAAAUUCCUAACUUGAAUGUGGUUUCCGGUACAGCUGCGAUUGGGAGCUUCGUGAAGCAAAACAGACACGUAGAAGCAAGCCAUGCUUUCAAAAGGCUCUUGUAUUUGGGCAUCAGACCAAACGAGUUCACUUUCGGCACUGUCAUUGGGUCCUCUACAUCUAUGAAAGAUGUCAAAUUUGGGAAGCAGCUACAUGGAUUUGCGUUAAAGAUGGGACUUUCGUCGAAUGUGUUUGUUGGUAGUGCGGUUUUGAACUGUUACGUGAAGCUGAGCACGUUGAUAGAUGCUCGUAGAAGCUUUGAUGAUACUAGAAAUCCCAACGUAGUUUCUAUUACUAAUUUGAUAAGUGGGUACUUGAAAAGACAUGAUUUUGAGGAAGCCCUUUCAUUGUUCAGAGCAAUGCCGGAGAGAAGCGUUGUUACUUGGAACGCAGUGAUUGGUGGGUUUAGUCAGACAGGAAGGAAUGAAGAAGCUGUGAGUACUUUUGUUGAUAUGUUAAGGGAAGGUUGUGUGGUGAUGCCUCCUAAUGAAUCAACCUUCCCUUGUCUUAUAACAGCUAUUUCCAAUAUAGCUUCUCACGGUGCUGGCAAAAGCAUCCACGCAUGCGCAGUCAAGUUCUUGGGUGAGGAUUUCAAUGUCUUUGUUUGGAACUCUCUGAUUAGUUUCUACUCGAAAUGUGGGAACAUGGAAGAUAGUCUUCUUGCUUUCAACAAGAUCCAAGAACAAGAACGGAACGUUGUGUCUUGGAACUCUAUGGUUUGGGGUUACGCGCACAACGGGAGAGGAGAGGAAGCUAUAGCUAUGUUUGAGAGAAUGAUUCAAGAGACGAACCUGAAACCAAACAGUGUGACACUUCUUGGAGUCUUGUUUGCGUGUAACCACGCGGGGUUAGUCCGUGAAGGUUACUUGUAUUUUAAGAAAGCAGUGAAUGGUUAUGAUGAUGAUCCAAACUUGCUACAACCUGAGCACUAUGCUUGUAUGGUGGAUAUGCUGUCUAGAUCAGGGCGUUUUGAAGAAGCAGAGGAGCUUAUCAGAAGCAUGCCUCUUGAACCAGGGAUUGGGUUUUGGAAGGCUUUGCUUGGGGGAUGCCAGAUUCACUCCAACAAGCAACUGGCUAAAUUAGCGGCGUCUAAGAUCUUGGAGAUGGAUCCUAGAGAUGUUUCGUCGUAUGUUAUGCUUUCGAAUGCUUACUCUGCUGCGGGGAAGUGGGAGAAUGUGUCGGAGAUACGGAGGACGAUGAAGGAAAUGGGUUUGAAGCGUGUUACGGGUUGUAGUUGGAUUGAAGUUAGGAACCAAGUUCGUGUCUUUGUCAAUGCUGACAAGAACCACGAACUCAAGGAUGAAGUUUAUAGGAUGUUGGGACUUAUUACACAAAUUCUUAAGAGAGACGAAGAUGAAUGUGUGGAAGACGUGUGA